AUGGAGAAAAUAGACGACGAUAAAUGCCGCAGAUCACCGGCGGAGAAAAGUUCCAAAAAGAAAAGUGACCGCAAGUCUCGUUCUCGUACACGGAGCCGUAGCGCUAGCCGUACGGACAAGCGGCGCAGCCAUUCGAGAAGCCCAAAUUAUCGCCGGCGACACGGUGGUAGUUCUUCUAACAGAAAGCGUUCACGCAGUCCGCCCAUGUAUCGCCCCAGACGCAGAUCACACGACCGUGGUCCACCGAUGCGCCGACAUGGGCAUGGACGACGCCGUAGCCGUUCGCCCGGUAUGGGUGCGAGAGGCGUCGUUGAUAGUGGCGGAAUGCAGAUGGGCAUGAUGGUUGGCAAUCAAGGGGGUGGUUCAUACAUGAUGCCCGGAACGAUGUAUGACCCAUCCUUCUAUGGUGCAUACGGCAAUAAUGGUGGCUACAUGGGUGGAUACAGUGCGUAUGAUUACGGCAUGGUUUCCGGCGGGUACGACACUGGAUCGAUGAUGGAUCCGUCGCAGGCAAUGAUGAUGGGGACAGGCGUACCAUCUGAGUGGGAUCAUGCACCGAUGCAGCAACCGGUUGUCCAGGAAACGGAAGAGGACAAACGCAAACGCGAAGCGGCGGUCACGUUAGAGCUGCUGAAUCAGCGUGCAGCAAUGAAAAAACAACGCGACGAUUACAAACAGCGUGCUGGUGCACUGAAGCGUGAACUGAAAACGCUGAAAGAACAACGGUCAGAUCUCUGCUCCGGACGUGAACCACCUUCACCGACAACGAACGUUUUUAUCAAUGAAAAUGACAAACUGCAGUCUCAAAUACAGGACAAACUCAAAACGAUCGAAAACGUUAUCGACAUGCUGGACUGUAUCAUAACUAAAGACAGGACACCGUCACCACCGCCUGGCAUGCUGUUACCCGGUACAAUUCCACCGCUACUUACCAUUCCGGACGCGACAUCACCCACUGCUGGUACCCGCGAAAGUGAUGGUGGCGAUGCAAACCGUCGCACAUACCGCAACCCAUCACGUUCACCCCGUGCUGAUGGUGCUGGUAACACGCAUGAUGGUACGAGAUCGGAGUCACCGUCUCCGGAACGGCUUAAGAAUGAAGUUCUGGAGAGUAUGCGUGGAAAACGUAAAGCCUCAGAUCAGAAGACAGCUGACCACGUCGAAGUCAAAACGAAAAAAUCCCCGUACAACUACGUACAUUAUGAUUCAGAACUGCACUGGUGCUCUAGCUGCAACGUGUUCCCGAAAACAGCCCGGGAGUAUUUGGCACAUUUGCACUCGGAGCAGCACCAAACCCGGACGAUCAUUGACGAAGGCUCGACCGAAGAGCAAAAGCUGAAGAUAGCGCCAUGGCGCGCACAGCUGGACACGAACGAUAAUAUGCUUAAUGCAGAGGCCCCGACCAAAAGGGUACCGAUACGUGGUUUAGAAUUUUUCAUUCCAGCUACGGCCUGGUUCUGCAAGCUGUGCAACUAUUGGAUGGGAGAUCUUCAUUGUGCAUCGUGGCACUUAAAAUCACAAAGCCAUGCUGAUACGUACAGCAUAUAUGUCAAUGGUCAUAAAAACUAUGAGAUGGAUUGGAUGGCGGAUCGACAAACAGCAUUCGAAGAGUACGGAGAAGCGAAUCAAGGAGGUGAUGGAGACAUUCCUGCUCCACCGCCACCACCCACUGCGGAAGAGCUUCGGCUUGCUGCUUCUGGUGCACAAACGAACAAACUGCUCGAUGGUUCCUCAUCUUUCCACAUUCUACCAAAAAGCUCUAACCAAGAUCGCAAUGCAUCGUCCCCGGCGGUCGACGGCAACCGGUCAUCCGUGACCAAGGCUGAGCAGCAAGGGUCUGCCUCAAGCACUUCUAAAAGGGCCAAGAAGAAGAAAUCUCGCAAGGAAGAACGGAAGGAAAAGAAGAAAAAGAAACGAACAAAGAAAAGGAAGCGUGCAGCUGCUUCGUCCAGUUCCUCCUCGUCGUCGAGCAGCAGUUCGGAUUCGUCGGAUUCGGACUCCGAGUCAGGUUCGGAUAAAGGCAGCAAGGGAAGUACGAAGGAUGAAAAUCCAAUCCAGGCAGCCAUGCGUAAUAUUUUGAACUCAAAAGAGAUGAACGCCAGAGAGGUAGCUGCCGCCGUUGCUGCAGUUGCUGCCGCAGCGGCUAAACCUAAUGAUGACGGUGCGGGCCAUGGUAGUGGAGCAAAGGGAGACCAAAAUUUGGGCAAGUGGACCAUUGUACAUCCGGCACAGGAAAGAAAACUGACCUCAUCCAAAGGAUUAUCUUCUGCCCCAUCGGCACCUCCGCCACCUGCAACGAAUUUUCCGCAAGUAGCUUCCAACCCCUCUAGCUUGGACGUGGACGAUAAGAAGCGCAGUGGCCGCGACGAGGAACGAGAACGAGACCGCGAUCGGGAUCGCGACAGAGAUAGACGUAGUGUCGACCGUCGCGAUCGCUGGGAUCGACGAGAUAGUCCGGACCGUUACGGUGGACGUGACCGUGACCGGGGUAGAAGAUAUGAUUACCGCGACUAUCGCGAUCGCCGCGAUCGACGACGUAGUCGUUCAAGGGGGCGUAGAAGCCGCAGUGGAAGCGGUGCGGGACGUCGAUUCCGUCGACGAUCGUACUCUCGCUCGCGUACACCGCGUUCUCGAUCGCGCAGCCGAUCCCGAUCAAGCCGUGGAAGCCAUCGAGUGAUCGAAAAACCUGUUGUAAAUUUUCCUCCGCAACCGAAACCGGCUAAAAUGGACAAGAAGAGUUCGAAAGCACAAGGAAAGGCAUUUGGCCGUUCCGAUGACGGGGGUUCGUCUAGCAAGAAGAUCAAAUCUUCAUCUAGCGGGUCUAUCAAAGAUAACAUUGCUGAGAAAGGAAUACCGAAGAAGCUUCCAUUCAUUGGUCGCAUGCCUGUAUUUAAAAAGCAGCAAGCCGAAAAUGCUAAGAAGGAAGAAGCGGCAGCGGCAGCAGCUGCAGCAACUCCGAAUGCUGAAGAAAGCAAUGAUGCUGUUGUGGAGCAACAUGGUGAGUUGGCUACUUCAGACGUGAACAAUUCAACAAGUGGCCCUAUAGUCGCUGCAGGCGAUGUUAAUGAAACUACUACCGCGACAGCUUUGAUGAUGAUGCCGGUUCAAGAAGGUGUAUACGAUUCCCAAAUAGCACAAGAUACAGAUGCUUACCAGUACGCCGAACUUCAAAUGGGAGAAACAGUAACACCGCAAGACAUGGAUGUGGCCAGUGUGGAAGAGCAGAUGGGAGAAGAUAAUAUGAUGAGUCAGGAGGAGAUCAUUUCCGAGCCACCUCUGGCCAACACCGAACAAGAUCCUGACGCAUACGUCACAGCAGAUGGACAAGUUCCACUACCGAAAGAUUUUCAGGAAGCACUUGACAUCAUUUAUGAUGGUGGCGAUAAACCGAAGCGCGCUGAUGUGAUUGCGAAGGAAGCAGCCGCAGCAGCUGCAGCUGCUGCAGCCGCCGCUAAACCCCCAGAAAUAGUGCCUAAUCCGCACGAACAGGGAUCUAUGAUGCCGGGCAUGGGCGUACCCAUGAUGAUGGACCAUGACCAACCGCACAUGAUCGUCCCGGAAGCGAUCGAUAUGUAUAAUCAGCAGUACGCACUAGAAUAUGGUAUGCAUUCAGCAGCGUACAUGGCAGCAACCGGUGCCAUGAUGACCAUGGGCCAUGGUGUUGUACCGGCGGAGAUGCAUUAUGUGGAGGAUGAAUCGCAGAAUCAACCGCUAGACAAUAUGAUGUACGGUGCAAUGCAUUCCGCCACGGACGCCGCGGCAAUAAUGCACCAUCACCAACAAAUGGUGGCUGCUGGUGCACUUGACCCGAAUGCUGCUGCCUAUGCCAUGGCAAUGGUUGCCGGUGGUGGAUAUACGCCAGAAAUGAUGGCCAUGCAUCAUCAAGCGGCUGUGGGAGUUACAGAUGGUAAUAUAAUGAUGGAGGAACAGGUGGCUUCAGCAAAUGUAUUGGAUGAAGCAUAUCCAUCUGGAAGUACAACGGUUGACACAGAGGAAGCAGCAAACAGGCAAAAAGAAGAAAGCUCGGUUGAAGACAAUUCCGAAGAAAAAAUGGCUAAAUCAUUGGAAAGGAAAAAUACCGCGGCAGUUGACAAUAUUGGCAUCGAAGCUUCAGAUAUGCACAGCAGUGAAGCUAAAGAACCCGUUGAAGCAGAGCAAGUGGUAGAAGAACACCUUUCCAACCCGGAACACGAGCAACAAAUUGUAAAUGAAGAGUCAGUAGAAAGCGAAAAAAAAGUUGUAGCAGAAGUUACUGCUUACCUGGUACACGAGCAGAAUGUUAUGCCCGAGACGUCAGCAGAGUCAGAGCCGGAGCAAACAGUAGAUGCAGCCUUCUCUUACGCAGAACACGAGCAGCCUAUUGAAAACGAAGCAUUAGAAGAUGCAGAACCAGAGCAAACUGUAGAAGAAGGCUACUCUUACACGGAACACGCGCUGCAUGGUGGUGGUGUCGACGAAGCAUCCGAAGAGGCAGAACCUGAGCAAGUAGUGGGGGAAGUCUACUCCUACACGGAACACGAGCAGCAUGUUACAGUAGACGUACGGGGGUCGGACAAUGACGAAGAUGAGUGUAUCGAAAUGCCGAUGGGAGCACACUAUGUUGAAGACUCGAUGCAAUCGAAUGAAAACCAAGAUCAGCCUAGAUCGGUCGAAACUUGUGAAGAAGAAGUACUGUCGUCAAAUGAGGCCUACGGACAGGAAGCUACAUCAGAAGAAGACGAUGUCGAGCAGGUGCUACCCUCGGAGGAAUAUUACGAACAACCCGAACAAAUGCAGUCUACUCAAUCUAUACUGGACAGCAUGAUGGCCGCUGCUAUGUGCAACUACAUUGAGGAAGAAGUUGCCGAGGAACAUUCGCAGGAUUCUUAA